AUGUCAGCAGUUCCAGCACAGAGCUCUACAUUACCAGAUGUUGGACCGAAGUCCACUGCAGAUACCCAUGUGAUUUAUUCGUAUUAUCCUUUCCUCAAAGCCGAUCUUUCUCUCAUGUCCGAACAAGACGUCCGCUUCCUAGACUCGCAAGGAUGUUUCAAGAUCCCCGGUCGACAGGCAGUGGACCAAUUCAUCCGCGAAUAUUUCCUCCAUGUCCAUUCCGGCCUACCACUCCUUGACGAGUCCGCCUUCUGGAAAAUGUAUUCUACAAGCGGCAACUUGCCACGAAGCACUCCAUGUUUAUCCCUGUUUGUGUUUCAAGCAAUUCUCUUCGUGUCAUGCAGUUUUCUGCUUCCUGCAACCAUCCGAUCUCUGGGCUUUGAAUCCACACGGAGUGCAAGGGCAACAUACUACCGGCGUGCCAAGCUGUUAUUUGACUUUGGCGGGGAAUCAGACUCCAUUGCAAAUGCUCAGGGGGCACUGCUGCUCUCAUAUAAUGCCUCAAUGCGCGACCGUAAAAGAGUUAAUUCUCUCUGGCUAGCAACAGCCAUCCAGCUGGCGGAAGACAAAGGGGCGCAUCUGGCUCACCUCACUCCGGCUAAUUCAUUAGAGAACAAUGCGUUAAAACGGCUGUGGUGGUGCUGUAUUAUCCGGGACCGCAUUCUCCCUCUUGGCGUGCGGCGGAAAUUGCACAUAUCCUUUGAUGACGGUGACCUGAAGGGUAUGGCAUUGACAGAUGAUGACUUUCGCGAUGAGAUAAAUGACUCCCGAGUCUAUGAUAAUGAGACCAAGAGACUAUUGGUCCGACUGUUUAUCAUGCUCUGUGACCUCGCAGGACCCCUUGGAGACGUGAUUCUGACUAUUUACCCAUCAAACAAACCAAUGGAUAUUUCAUCCCUGAGUCCAUCGAAGCUUCAGCAGAGACUCGACCGCAUCCAGUCGUGCAAGCAUGCCCUGCAGGCUUGGUUCGAGAGGGCAGUCGUGAUGUUCCCAACACCAGCUAGUAUUAUGGGUACCAGUGAAUCCCUUAUUCUAUACACUAACCUGAUGUAUAUAUAUUAUCACUCCGCCCGACUGGCCUUGUACCAGCACGAAGCACUGAUCUAUACCGCGGGACUGCCUGGGCUUGGGUUCAAGGAUAACCAGUUACCUCAGAGCAUAGUACAGCUGGAAGACGCUGCAGCAAAGAUCACCGAAGGCCUUAAGGAGCUUAUCCAGCUGAAGCUUGCAAGGUAUCUUCCAAUAAGCGUUGUGGCUUUUGCAGCGGUGCCAUUGGUGCUGCACAUCGUCGACGUGAAGCUUUCUACCACACCAUCCCAAAUAGCGCAGCGGCAAGGCCAACUCAACAUCUACAUGCAGGCGAUGGAAGGGCUGCAAGCACAAUAUGAUGGUACAGAUGAGGUUUGGCUCUUCAUACGAGCGGUUGUCGAUUCCGUUACAGGCGGCGGCUCGAGCCCGAAAGAGCAAUCCUAUCUGACCCACGGUGAUGAUGGCUUGACUCCGAAAUAUGCUUCUUCGUGCGAAGCCCUCCAGCUCCCCUCGAAUAUUCCCGAUUUUGUCCCGGCCACCAGCAAUUGGGGAAAUAUGCUUCUCCAGCAACCUGCCCUUUACUUCCGACUGACCCACACUAUUGACCUUUCACUGUCUAUGGGACGCUACCCCGAAGAUUCGGAGCUCCCUGUCGUACUGAGGGCUACACGUCUUCCACUUUACCAAAUUAGCAUCGGCGAUAUGCGUGACAGGUGCGGCUCUAAUAGAGACAGCGAUGCACUUUACCAGUGGGACCCGCCCGACGACUUGAAUGACCAAGACUCCAACGGGUCAUCCGUAGCGGAAUCCAAUAUGGUCGAUCCUUUGGGGAACCCCGAGGGUCCUAUGAGAUAUGAUCAUGCAGAUCUAGGUCUGCAGGUGUCGCUCGAUGCCUUUGAAUUUGAUUUUGGAUCGGGGAGUGCCAGUAUAUUUCCGCAACCCUCGCCCACGCAGCUGUGGGAGUAA